GCAAACAGAAGUACAGACGUACUGUGAUACAGUAAAGGUUAGGAAACACACAAAGUCAGGUUAAACUUUUCUGAUACUUUAUUUUCUACAACACAAUGGGUUUGACCUCAAUGCUAGACUGCAGCUCUCCAGUUGUCGGGGACUUGAGGAUCGUCCUGCUGGGGAAGACUGGAUCAGGAAAGAGUGCAACAGGGAACACCAUCCUGGGACGAAAAGCUUUCCGCUCAGAGAUUUCCCCUUCUUCUGUGACACAGACAUGUGGGAAAAAAAGGAGCCACGUUGAUAAAAGGACUGUGAGUGUGGUCGACACCCCUGGAGUCUUUGACACGGCGAUGAAAGAAGCCCAGCUGAAGAGUGAAAUAGAGAAAUGUAUCGAGCUGUCUGAACCAGGACCCCAUAUAUUCCUGCUAGUGAUCAGCCUGAGUGCUCGCUUAACUGAGGAGGAGAAGAAUGCCGUCAAGUGGAUCAAGUACAACUUUGGUGAGGAAGUCGCCAAUUACACUCUGGUGCUCUUCACUAGGGGUGACGAGCUCAAGGAGAAGACAAUUGAGGAAUAUUUAGAUCAAGAUCAUGACCUUAAGGAGUUAAUCAGUGGCUAUAAAGAAAGGUACACUGUGUUUGACAACACAUGCAUGAUAAAUCGCACUCAGGUGGCUGAUCUGUUUGAAAAGAUAGACAAGAUAGUGCACUUAAAUGAAAGCCAUUAUACCAGGAGCAUGUACGACGACGCCCAGAGAAAGAAGAGCUCAAAGGAAUGGUGGAGCAGAUGGGCAGGCUAUGCGAACACUGCAAGUAAUAAUUUGUUUGUGGCAGCAGCAGCAGCAACAGCUGCCCCUGUAGCUGGUGCUGCUAUAAUGGCAGAGGAAGCAGCAGUCUUUUCCAUGAGACCGGUUUUAUUCGUCACAGGUGGAGGGAUAACUAAAGCAAUCGGGCGGUGGAUGAAACCUAAAACAGACAACUGCAGCUCUCCAGUUGUCAGGGACUUGAGGAUCGUCCUGCUGGGGAAGACUGGAUCAGGAAAGAGUGCAACAGGGAACACCAUCCUGGGACGACAUGCUUUCCAUUCAGAGAUUUCCCCUUCUUCUAUGACACUGACAUGUGAAAAAGAAAGCGGCCACUUUGAUAAAAGGACUGUGAGUGUGGUCGACACCCCUGGAGUCUUUGACACGGCGAUGAAAGAAGCCCAGCUGAAGAGUGAAAUAGAGAAAUGUAUCGAGCUGUCUGAACCAGGACCCCAUAUAUUCCUGCUAGUGAUCAGCCUGGGUGCUCGCUUUACUGAGGAGGAGAAGAAUGCCGUCAAGUGGAUCAAGGACAACUUUGGUGAGGAAGUCGCCAAUUACACUCUGGUGCUCUUCACUAGGGGUGACGAGCUCAAGGAGAAGACAAUUGAGGAAUAUUUAGAUCGAGAUCCUGAACUCAAGGAGUUAAUCAGUGGCUAUAAAGAAAGGUACACUGUGUUUGACAACACAUGCAUGAGAAAUCGCACUCAGGUGGCUGAUCUGUUUGAAAUGAUAGACAAGAUAGUGCACUUAAAUGGAAGCCAUUAUACCAGGAGCAUGUACGACGACGCCCAGAGAAAGAAGAGCUCAAAGGAAUGGUGGAGCAGAUGGGCAGGCUAUGCGAACACUGCAAGUAAUAAUUUGUUUGUGGCAGCCGCAGUCACAGCAGCGAUUAACUUCCCUGUAGUUGGUGCCUCUGCAGCAGCAGCUGCAUCCAUGAGACCAAUUUUAAUGAUCACUGGUGCAGGUAUUUCUAAAGCCAUCGGGUGGUGGAUGAAACCUGAAACAAAAGAUAACUGAGUUGUUUUUGCAAAACUUAAUUGUAUUUCUUUGCUAUCGUACAUGCAUGCAUCAUAGUCACAGCUUGCCUGCUUUAAACGAUACAUGAACCUUUUAUGCCCAACCUUUUUAAAUGUUCAUGCUUUACACUCUGAUCCUGAAUGUCAUUUUGUGCAGAAAACACUAUUGUAAUUGUUAAUUAUUGUUUGCUUUGUAAGAAUAAAAUAAAACAAUAUGACAACAA